CCACAUUUGUGGUGAAAGCUGUUUGUAAAAGGCCUUCAGUAGGCCAUGCAAUGCUCCUGGGAUGAUUGAAUUUAUAUGGAAAAACAACAAUCUCUUAUAUUUUGCAUACAUCGCCGAAGGAGUUGUGCAAAAAGGUCUGGCACCAGGUUGUGUAUUAAAUUUGAAAAUGUUGUUGUGUUUCAUUGCAGGUGUCAGUAAGAGCCAAUAACACGGAUCAAGGAUUCUAUUUCUGAAGCAAAUAACCUUAAGGAGUGUGUGCCGAAAACCCGUAUGACAUCACUACUUCCAUCCUUUUCUCCACAUUUCGGGACUGUAAAAAGUGCUUAAUCCAGGAGAAGGACCACAUAAAGAUAAUUUAUAUUUUCAGAAAAAGUACGACGUCUUGGUUAUAUCUUGGAUAAAGAGAUCGACGACUUAGGUAUGGAAGUCGCAGCCGAUCAAUCUCGGUGGAUGGCGCAUCAUCACGCCGUGCUGAAUGGGCAGCACCCAGACUCCCAUCACCACAGCCUGACCCACAACUACAUGGAGCCCAUGGCGCCGCUUUUACCCCCAGACGAGGUGGACGUGUUUUUAAACCACUUGGACUCUCAGGGGAACCCCUACUAUGCCAACUCCCGGGCCAGGGUUACAUACAGCCAGGCACAUGGUAAGACGCGCUCAGCCUUGUGACUAAACUGUAUUAAUUAAAAUCUGCUUUAUAGCCUUUAGGUAAUUGUGAGAGGGUGCAAUAAGACAACAUGUAUAGUUACAAUAAGACAUCAUGUAUCCAACCACCCAGGCGGUUGCUUUAAAACUCAUCGAUGGUAGGCCUAUAUUAUUGCCAUAACUAGUUGUGUGAUGUUUGAUGCACAAAACUUUCCAAUGCCAGUAAAUAAAAUUCCAUUACUAGUAAAAAGUCGUCCACACAGAACCUUGUAUUUAAAAAUACAUCUAUAUAGGGUAUUUUAUUUAAAAUGUGAGCACAUAAAUGAUGUAAAUUGAAAUACUGUAACGAAUAGAUGUCCAUACGCGUGGCUGUCUCUGGCGUACGGCAUGUAAUCAUAAAACUAGAAUUUCUAGCAAAAGACAGCAAGAGGAAAGGGAAGUAUGUCAUUUACCCUCUGUUGGGGCAGGGGUUUCUAGAAAGAGAGAGAGAGAGAGGCACUUCCCGGAUAUAAAAUCAAAACCGCAAAAUUACUAAUAACAUUCUUUAGUCUGAGAUCUGGAACUGAGCGACGAACAGGCAGGCCAUAGACCAUAGGCAAAUAGCAGAUCAGUCAAGGCCUCUACACUGAUCCCAUUUUCUCCUCGUGGAUUUUGUUUCUCCCUUACAUGCUUUCUGCAAUAAGAGAUUGUGUUGCAAUAAGCGUAAACAUUUACAUUUGUAAAUAUUUUGUCAAGUAGUCUAUGGUACGGAGCUGUAGUAGCCUAACUAUUGUUUAAGAUUUAGCUGGGGACUGUAAAAUGGCGUGGUUUUAAAGUUGGUGCCCUGUAGGCUAUUUGAAUAACUUUUACACUGAGAAAAUUAUACCUCAAUGUCGAGUUUAAAUAGUUUGGAGUUGGUAUCAACAGGUAAGGAGAUAGCACUUUACGCAGUGUGAUAGAACUGGACACAUCGUUUUCGAUUAGAAAAAAAUCAUAAUAUUUGUUAUUUACAGCUCGCCUUGGGAGUCAGGUUUGCCGGCCACACCUCAUCCACAGCCCCGGCAUUCCGUGGCUGGACAGCGGGAAGGCGGCCCUCUCUGCUGCCCACCACCAUAACGCAUGGGCGGUCAGUCACUUCAGCAAGCCCGGACUGCAUCCUGCUAGCUCCGGCUAUCCUUGCAGUAGUAGCUCCAGCACUGCUCCAGUGUCUUCCCUCACCCCUGCGUCCCACUGCAGCCCGCACCAUCUCUACAGUUUCCCUCCUACGCCUCCCAAAGACGUGUCUCCGGACCUCGGCCCUACUUCUCCAACCUCCACCUCGACGAGAAUGGACGAAAAGGAGUCCAUCAAAUACCAAGUGUCACUGGCUGACGGAAUGAAAAUGGAGGGCUGCAGUCCUCUCCGCAACAGCCUGGCUUCGAUGAGUGCCCAAACUCCCGCAACACACCACCCCAUCCCGACCUACCCAUACUCUCUCCCAACACCACACGAAUACGGCAGCAGUCUUUUCCACCCCGGUAGCCUGCUGGGUGGAUCUUCAUCCAGCUUUACGCCGAAGUGUAAAAGCAAAGCCCGGUCAUGCUCAGGUGAGUUUCAUAAGUCUAUUCCAAAGCUACCCUGCGCAUAAAGAGUCUGGUAUAGCCUAAUUGUGUAAUUUUAAGGUAUACAAAUAUUGGGAGUCCAUGUUUGACAAUAUAAACUAGGCCUAUGUUUUGUCAAAACGCUUAGGAAGUGCAUGGAUUUAUGUCUCGGCCCAAACAAUAAUUAACAUUGGCCUACUCUAAAUUACUUUUUUUUUGUAGGGCUAUGAACGCUUUUAUCUUCAAUAAAUAGAUUGGGUGGUCCUGUAAGUGUUUCGCUGUCGAACGGUUGCUGUAAUAACUUCAGGUUAUUUUACCCGCAGCGCUUCUCUCUCCUCCCCAAACCUGUCGCAGUGGCUCUUAUCUCUGUUCCAUCGCAUUCGUCACCACUUGUAAACACCAUCCACUUAAAUGAAACGACUAAGCAUUUAACAUGAAACGACUAAUAUUUGAAACGCAAAUAUUCAGGCUUGAGCAUGAUUAAACGCUUUUGAGUCGAGGCAAGGAGAUAAUAGCCUAAAGUCAAACAGUCACCAAAAUGAAAAUACGGAAUUCAACGUGAAAAAAAUAUUUAUCGUCGAUUAUUUGGCGUAUAGGCUAGUAGGCACAAUUAUUUUAAAGCGGGUGCUGAAUAGAUUUAUAUUUCAAUAGAAUAUUUAAUAAUACUUAUUGUGUAUGUUUUUAUUAGUAGGCCUGUUGAAAGUGCUACGUGGCCUAGGCCUACAAUAAACAUGUCUGACAGGCCUAUCCAGAUUGAAAAAUAACGUUUUUUUUAUUACAAAACUGCACGAAUGGUAACCUAAUGAUUGUUUUGAAUCCAUAUUUAAUGUGGUCGUGUUUAUGUUUAUCUGGGCUGGCUGGCUGGAUGCUGAAAAUAAAUUCCACCAAUGCCCUUGUUUGGCAGAAGUGUUCGCUUCCACUUGUUUUCUUUUAAAUUUGGUCUUUAUCAAGCUUAAAAAUGCAGGAGUCACGACGCUCUGGCAACUCCUGCCAUAUCCUGUAUACCUUGAGUGAACAAAUCACGACGUCCACGGUCCACCGCUCGCCCCAAUACUAACAAAGCACUGUCGGGACGCGCGGUCACAGGCGACAGAGCCCUGCUGUUUGUGUUUUUAAGCAUGGCCUUGGCCCAGUGCUCUGAGAUGGUGAGAAAGAAUCAAGCCCAGGGAGAUGAAAGGAUGAUUAACACUAGUAGUAAUGACCAUAUCAAUGACAACAAAGUCAUAAUACAAUAUUAAUAAUUGAUAAUAAGGAUAUGAUAUUGUAAUAAUAACUGUUACUCUUAUAGAAGUUUAGGUUCUACCAAAGAGGACAUCACCUUCAGAUAAAUUAAUACAAAUAUUAGAUAGUUCAUUAUAUAGUUAAUCAAGCCAUCACAUGAGCUCAUAGGGAGACAUUUAUCAUUACAUUUGCUCAGACUAAUUAGCUCAAAGCUAAUUAUGUUGUGGGCCUGGUGUCCAAAAAUACUUUGAAUGUGGAGUCUCUCUAACAGUUCAUUAGUGUAUAGAGAUAUUAGCAACAACCAUCUUCAUUUCGAUUAUCACUACAGAUCAAAGUGCUAUUAUCUGAUGUAUGCUCAGUAGUUCAAUAAUUUGUGGAUGGUAGAUUGGUUAUGCAAAUAUUUUAAUUAAAACGAUAUCCACAAAUCUUUUAAAGGGAUUAUUGUAUGUAAGAGCACUGUAACUAUCACAACAGAGAAAUGCACAUGAACUUGAAGCUCCCCUUACAGAUCCAGAAUCAGUAUCUCACAUAAGGCCUGUCAUUCCCUUAUCAGUCCCAAAGUCUGAUGGAGCUGUGAUUGAUUGUUGUAUGAAAUGCCAUAAUGACAUUUCUGCAGUCAGCACAUACCUUACACAACAGUGUGGCUUCCUGUUUAAAUAACCUCAAACCAGCCCUAUCCGCUCACCUACAUACCUCCUCUCUGGAAAGGCAAAUGGCCUAACUCUCUCUACUAUACUCUCGGCCAGUGGGAUUUCAGUGUUCUCUCCUUAAGGAACUUCCCCAAAUUACACAACAAUUCAACAGCUUUUGUAUUUUUGGAGCUGGAAGGCGAUGUUGUAUUGAUACUGGUGCCUCUGCUGGACUGACAAAACAGGGAGAGAGAGUCAAACACUCAGAAUACACUUCAAAAGGAGCAUUGCCAUUGUCCAGAGCAGAUCCCUUUCUCGGGUUUGGGUGGGACUGUGGGUGUUGCUGACAUUAUAAUAGGAAUAAAGGCAUGAUGCUCUAGGGAGAGGGAGACAUGAAUUAAACAAGGCCAUUUUGGUCGAGGUUUAGCAACGGCCCAUUUGACUGAGCAUGUGCAUUGUAACACAGUGAAACCUGUAAGAGAGAGAGAGAGAGAUGGAACACCCACUGGUUUUCAGCAGCUGCAGAUGUAGAAGUGGGUGAAAAGACUUGAACCCUGAACACACCAGAAGAGGAAAGCACAAUCAGGGUCACCACUAAAUGGGUCACAGUUGCUGUCAGGUACACAAACAGAAACCUAACAAUUAAAAUAUUUAGUAAACCAUUUCAAAAGGCACCAGUAAAAGGAAAAAGGGAAACUGGGCUGAUAUAAAGUGAUACUGAGCUACAAUAUGGGCACCUAUUUGGUGGCGACCACAAUGUGGUCCACAUUUAAUACCACCACCAGCACCACACUCUUCUGUUUCCUCUCAUGUGUGCUCACUAAGCUGAUGAAUUAUGUAGCUCUAAUUUGAUGGUGUCUCACAUUCAUCUGUUUGGACACCUUUGGACACAUCCUGGCUGUCUCUGGGUUUCCUACCCUGGAUCACUUUACAUACAGGUGUCUGUGUCCAUGGCAAUUCGCCCUGAACCAAGCUGUACAAAUGACAGUCAUAUGGGAUUGUUCUCGGCUGGUACACCUGCACACUGAUAUGCACACUGAGACACUGUCCUCACAGGGGGGACUUGGACUUCAUAUUACACUACUAAUGAAGAGUGGCUCCAAUAGGCUCAUGAUUUCCUGUGUGUCCUCCUGACGGCUAUUGUCUUCAAUGUGAAUCCGUUACUGUUUAGCUUUUGAUGGAGUGUGAACUUUUUAAUUAUAUAAAUUUCCCUUUGUCUUCCCUCCACUUGAAUUCUGCUCAGAGGGGCGCGAGUGUGUCAACUGCGGUGCCACCUCCACCCCACUGUGGCGGCGGGACGGGACAGGCCACUACCUGUGCAAUGCCUGCGGCCUGUACCACAAGAUGAACGGCCAGAACAGACCUCUCAUCAAACCCAAACGCAGACUGGUGAGUCCCCAUCUCAUUCCUGUCUACCCUUCCACAUCUGAGAAAGGAGGCCCAAAUAGAGCACAAAGCAGAUACCGCCAGGAUAUUUCCAGGAGAAUUAUAUUUUCCCUAUGAUCUUCCUGGAAUUGUUUGUCCCUCUCACCCCCUGGUGAUCCUCUACACCGCCUUUUACAAUACUGCUACUGUUGCCAUUGUAACUGCUAUCAUUAGUGCUGGUACUGCUGAUACUGUCACUGAUCCCAAUGCCCAUGAUGCUAAAGUUAUCACUAGGCUGGAGUGAGUGAAAAACAGUGUACACACACAAACACUUUGUCCAGUGUUUCUGCACAGGCAUUUAGGAGCAAGGAGUAUUCUGAGCCCUGUUACUUCUAAUGCACAUCUGCCUAUAUAUUUUCCUUGUCUCAGGUGGGCCGAAGUAUUAUUGUAUGUUUAAUUUACAAGUUAUUAUUACAAGUUAUUUUUUCCCCAAAUUAUACUGGUUCCUGAUUACUUUGAAAAGGGUUUAUUUGUUUAUUUUAUAUUCAGACCUCUGAUUAGGAAUCAUCAUUUUGAUUGUAUAGGAUAGGCCUACUUACCAUCUUGAACUUUUAAAGAUAUUCAAGUUUCCCAAGAGUAAAUUGUGAGAAGUGACUUAAUUUCAGUGGCAGUUCAAGGCACAUUCCAAAUGCUAACUUUUGGGUAGCUCCAAACAUUUAAGCAUUAAUACGCAAUGGAUUUAGAUUGAUAUAAACUUUAAAUUCGUUAGUUACAUUUAGCUAAAACAUGUUUUACUUUAUUUAUAUAAGGACCUUCUCUACCUUGUUUCCCUCUAAACAUGUUUAUGAUCAGUAGGCGUUUUAACCCGCCACACCUCAUUUCUGGAUAGGCUAAUCUGAAUAGUUUUUGUUCUGACAGAAUUAAAUCAUACUACUAUACAUAGGUCUAAUAUGAAUAUUUCAAUCAAUAGCUUAUACCUUACUAUCUAAUUCAAUUGACACUCGUUAUGCAAUCAUCCAGUCAUGCAGUUCCAAAGACACAACAGUUGGAUAACCUAAUUGUAGCCCAAUUCACUCAUGUUGUUACAUGUAAAUUCAUGUUUUAAUUUACAAGUGUAGUCUAACCCACAUGGUGGCCUAUUGGAAAGCAAUAGCCUAAUUGUUUAACAAAUUGCAACGGUUGCCUGAGUUUGUCUUUACCUAUGCUAUCUUCCAUUGAGAUACAUGUAAUGGGAUGGAGAACAUUGUGAAUGUUGUUUCUUUUAUUUUAUUUUUAUAACUCUUUCUGAAAUAUAUUGUAACAGACUGUAUUAGCGGUAUUGUCAGCAUUAGUGGAACAAGUAGGCUAUAAGUCAUUUUAGCGCAGCUUGGUGAAAAUAAGCCUCUGACUCCUUCUCCUGAUGAGAAGUCCAUUACAUUUUCCAUGGGUCGGUCUGUGGCCGCAGCUUUGCAUUUUCAGCUCAAGUGUUUUCAGAGUUCUGUUCAAAGGGCAUCCAGUUGUUUCCUAUUCGGAUAUCUGCCCGGGCCCGAUAAGGAAGCCAGGCUCCCGGGUGUUUCCGCCUUCAACAAAUACCGCUGCAUUUUGUAUGGCCCCGGCAGGCCAGACUUUGACAUAUACUGUAAAGCGAUUAUCAUAACACUGUAGAACCCAGUUAUGUGUGAAGAGAGAGAGAGAACGUGAGGGGCGGGAGGGUGGUGGGGAUUGGAAAAUAAAUAGAUUUAUGUUCUUGGUCUCUUGUUUGUUAGUCAUACUCGGUUGCCACUGGCACAAGCUUUAUGCGUCGGAAUGCGAUGUGUUUUUUGUAGUAGUCGUUUUUUCUUUAUCUCUUUUUUAAAUUCCGUCCGUCGCCAUCAUUGUUUUUAUUCGGGAUGUUUUGCAUGAACCACUAUAAUAAAACCCUAAAUUAAUUAAAAUAAAUACAUAGGCUUACAUGCAGUAUACAUUGCUGUAGUGUUACUGUAUUGUGAGCCUACAUUUUUCUUAUCUAUGAAAAAUAGAUCUGUAAUGGACACAAAGCGCAUUGGCAGACAGGGGCCUGGUCUUAUAGACGCCUUUAGUCCGGGUCGUUUGAUUCUCUGGAUCAAGGGAGAAUCAUGCAAAGAGACAGCAUAAAUUAUUAAUGUGCCCUAUCUAAUUUUUGUAUUAAAUGAAAUAUGACAGCAGUAAUUGGUACAAGACAGAAACAACGCAUUUCAGAGAAACAGCUUUUGCAGCAUUGCACAAAUUGGAAAAUUGAAUUAAGCUUGUAUAAAUCACAGAAUAAAUUCAAUUAAAUCGAUACAGAUAUGACUCCCUGUAAGCAAUUUCAUGAGUCUAACUGGCGCUGGCCUGGUGUUUAAGUUAUUUGUGAAUGUAGCCCUGAGAGUGGGACAUUACAAUAGGCUAUAAAACGAGAGGUUUUAAGUUUUAAAUGCAGAAAUAUCCUAUAGGCAAAAUUUCGAAUGAACAUUUUAAAUGUAUAGGCCUAGCCUACAUUAGGCUAUGCCUUAGGCUACGCCUAAAUGGCCAUAGUAGUUAAUUUCAAUAAUCGUAUUCAUGUCAUGUUCACUUUCCUCGUUGAUCUCUGUUGCCUAGGCUAAUACAAACGUCAAAUCAGCUAACCUUUGAAUGGCUUUAUUCAUAAUGUAGCCUAUUAACGUUCUGCGUUUUUCUCCUCAGUCGGCUUCGAGACGAGCUGGCACCUGCUGCGCUAACUGUCAGACCACCACCACCACCCUUUGGAGGCGUAACGGCAAUGGCGACCCGGUGUGCAACGCCUGCGGGCUCUACUACAAACUGCACAACGUAAGUAGCCUAACCGCUUACAUAGAAACUGUUGGGUAAGCUGGUCAAGAGGGCGGACAGCUUGUAUCGAUUUAGGAGCUGGGGCAAGAGAUGCAAAGCCUGCUUUCCCUGCGAAGCAGAACCCGCCGGUCGUUUUUUCCCUUUUUAUCAAUCAAUCUUUGUUUCAAUGGGGGGUGUUACUCUCUGGGGAGGCUGGAGGGUGGAACUGUCAAUCAGGGUAACGCGUCAGUUACAUUGAUGUCAGGGUAACGCGUGAGUUACAUUGAUGCGAACUUGUCUGAGAGUAGCCCUUUCAGAUCCAGCAUGGCUUCCAGUCCUCGUGUAUUCAUGUUUAGUGAGAUAAUUCUAUUUGAUUUUAAAUAAGACAAUAGCCCAAAAGGCUCGUGCCUUUUAACGUGGCUUGAUUAUCCAAUGCCUGUUAAUUCUGUUCCACAACAUUUAUGGCACAUCAGAUUUUUUCCUCAUGUUUAUUAAGAAGGCAACAUGUUUUCCAUCAUAGUUGUUUAGAUUUUUCUAAAUGAUCAAAAAUUACGAAUUACACUUUACAUAGUUGAACAUAAAAGCACUGAGAGUGCAAGAAAAUGUCCAAUGAUUAAUAAUUGAGUUAUGAACAGUUUAAAAAAACAAGAAACACAGGUAGCCUAUUUGAUAUUGAAACCCACAUAAUAUUAAUAUGAAGCCUAUGUGCAGUAGCCUAUAUUAUUCAAGGCUUGUCUGAGUAACAUCCCUCCUCCCUGGCCUCUCCACAGGUCAACAGGCCAAUGACCAUGAAGAAGGAGGGCAUCCAGACACGCAACCGCAAGAUGUCCAGCAAGUCCAAGAGGGGCAAACGGUCCGGAGAUGGCUACGAUGAGCUGUCCAAAUGCAUGCAUGACAAGUCCUCUCCCUUCGGUGGUGGCCCCGGCCUGGCUGGACACAUGACCCACAUGGGCCACCUUCCCACCUUCAGCCACUCCGGACACAUGCUGCCCACUCCCACUCCCAUCCACCCCUCCUUCGGCCAUCCUCACCACCACUCCGGACGGUCGCCGGCCUGGGCUGAGCAUUGA